GCAGAGAUGACGUAAGCGCCGUGCGUCGUCAGUAUGGCCGUUCCAUGGCGGCGAGCACAGGAUACGUGCGGCUGUGGGCCGCUGCGCGGUGCUGGGUUCUUCGGCGGCCGCUGCUGGCUGUCACCGGAGGCCGGGUCCCGAGCGCGUCCGGGUCGUGGCUGCGCCGAGGAUGUCGGGCGUGCGACACGUCUGCUCCCUGGGGCGGCCGCGUUCUUGCGGGUGGGGGCCAGUGGCGGGGGCUGUGGGACGCGGGCAGCCGCGGUGGCAGCGACGAGACCUCCGAGGGUGGUGCGGAGGACGGGCCCACGGCGAGCAGCGGGGAAGGCCCGGUCGUCACGGCACUCGCGCCCAUGACCGUCCCGGAUGUGUUUCCCCACCUGCCGCUCAUCGCCAUCACCCGCAACCCAGUGUUCCCGCGCUUUAUCAAGAUCGUGGAGGUUAAAAAUAAGAAGUUGGUUGACCUCCUGAGAAGGAAAGUCCGCCUGGCACAGCCCUAUGUUGGUGUCUUCCUAAAGAGAGAUGACAACAAUGAGUCGGACGUGGUGGAGAGUCUGGAUGAAAUCUACCAUACGGGGACAUUUGCGCAGAUUCAUGAGAUGCAGGACCUCGGAGACAAGUUACGCAUGAUUGUCACAGGCCACAGAAGGAUUCACAUCAGCCGGCAGCUGGAGGUGGAACAGGAGGGCCUGGAGCCAGAGGCAGAGAACAAACAAAAGUCCAGGAGGAAGCUGAAGCGAGGCAAGAAAGAGGUGGAGGAUGAGCUGGGUGCCAAGCCCCAGCUGGAGAUGGUGGCUGAAGCUGCCACUGACACAUCCAAAGAGGUGCUCAUGGUGGAGGUUGAAAACGUAGCCCACGAAGACUUCCAGGUCACAGAGGAAGUGAAGGCCCUGACUGCAGAGAUUGUGAAGACCAUUCGGGAUAUCAUUGCCCUGAACCCUCUGUACAGAGAGUCCGUGCUGCAGAUGAUGCAGGCAGGCCAGCGUGUGGUGGACAACCCCAUCUACUUGAGCGACAUGGGUGCCGCACUCACUGGGGCUGAGUCCCAUGAGCUGCAAGAUGUGCUGGAAGAGACCAACAUCCUUAAGCGGCUCUAUAAGGCCCUGUCUCUCUUGAAGAAGGAGUUCGAGUUGAGCAAGCUUCAGCAGCGUCUGGGCCGUGAGGUAGAGGAAAAGAUCAAGCAGACGCACAGGAAGUACCUGCUGCAGGAGCAGCUGAAGAUCAUCAAGAAGGAGUUGGGGCUGGAGAAGGAUGAUAAAGAUGCUAUUGAGGAGAAGUUCCGGGAACGCCUCAGGGAGCUUGUGGUUCCCAAGCAUGUGAUGGACGUGGUGGAUGAGGAGCUGAGCAAGCUGGCCCUGCUGGACAACCACUCCUCCGAGUUCAAUGUCACUCGCAACUACCUGGACUGGCUGACUUCCAUCCCAUGGGGCAGGCAGAGCGAUGAGAACUUGGACUUGGCUCGGGCCCAGGCUGUGCUGGAGGAGGAUCACUAUGGCAUGGAGGAUGUAAAGAAGCGAGUCCUGGAGUUCAUUGCAGUCAGCCAGCUCCGAGGCUCCACACAAGGCAAGAUCCUCUGCUUCCACGGCCCACCAGGCGUGGGCAAGACCAGCAUUGCACGUUCCAUUGCCCGUGCCCUCGGCCGCGAGUACUUCCGUUUCAGUGUUGGUGGCAUGACAGAUGUGGCAGAAAUCAAGGGGCACAGGCGUACCUAUGUGGGGGCCAUGCCUGGGAAGAUCAUCCAGUGUCUGAAGAAGACCAAGACAGAGAACCCACUAGUGCUGAUUGAUGAGGUGGACAAGAUUGGCAGGGGCUACCAAGGGGACCCGUCAUCGGCACUGUUGGAGUUGCUGGACCCCGAGCAGAAUGCCAACUUUCUGGACCACUACCUGGAUGUGCCAGUGGACCUGUCCAAGGUGCUAUUCAUCUGCACCGCCAAUGUCACCGACACCAUCCCAGAGCCGCUGAGGGACCGCAUGGAGAUGAUCAAUGUGUCAGGCUAUGUAGCACAGGAGAAGCUGGCCAUCGCAGAGCGGUACCUGGUGCCACAGGCCCGCACCCUGUGUGGCCUAGACGAGAGCAAGGCCCAGCUGUCGGCAGCGGUGCUCACUCUGCUCAUCAAACAGUACUGCAGGGAGAGCGGCGUGCGCAACCUGCAGAAGCAGGUGGAGAAGGUGCUGCGCAAGGCUGCAUACAAGAUUGUAAGUGGGGAGGCCCAGACAGUGCAGGUGACACCUGAAAACCUGCAAGACUUUGUAGGGAAGCCGGUGUUCACGGUGGAGCGCAUGUACGACAUCACACCUCCUGGCGUGGUCAUGGGUUUGGCCUGGACUGCCAUGGGAGGCUCCACAUUGUUUGUGGAGACAUCUUUAAGGCGGCCCCAGCCUAGUGGCAGAAACGAGGACAAGGAUGGCAGCCUAGAGGUGACAGGUCAGCUGGGAGAUGUGAUGAAAGAGAGUGCCCGGAUAGCCUACACCUUCGCUCGUGCCUUCCUGAUGGAGCAGGACCCUGGAAAUGACUUCCUGGUCACGUCCCACAUCCACCUGCAUGUGCCUGAGGGCGCUACCCCCAAGGAUGGCCCCAGUGCAGGUUGCACCAUUGUCACUGCACUGCUGUCCCUGGCUCUGGGGCAGCCAGUGUUGCAGAACCUGGCCAUGACUGGAGAGGUCUCCCUCACUGGCAAAGUGUUGCCUGUGGGUGGCAUCAAGGAGAAGACCAUUGCGGCGAAGCGCGCAGGUGUGACCUGCAUCAUUCUUCCUGCUGAGAACAGAAAGGACUUCUCGGACUUGGCCCCCUUCAUCACAGAGGGCCUGGAAGUUCACUUCGUGGAACACUACCGUGACAUCUUCCGAAUUGCCUUCCCCCCGCGCGAGCACCGGGAGGCGCUGGCUGUGGAGAGAUGACACGGUGCCUGAGACUAAAUAAUCAUGGUGUGGCGGAGCCACGAGCACAGCUGUAGAAUCAUGAGUAAAGAAAGCCUUUCCAAA